UCUGUUGAGUCAACAGUCACUUGAUUCACCUGACCUGAGCAUACCUGACAAAGUCACACCCAGAGUGUCACCUCUCCGACUCAGUCACAGCAGGUCUCUCGCCAACAUGGCUUUCAGAAGAUGCAGAUUUCUGUAUCUCUCUAUGUUUUUAUUCUUUGUAGCAUUUUACAGCUUCAUUACCAGCAUUCAGGAGCGAGCCCAUUACUGUAUUAUUACUCACGGUCAGAUACGGUGGUUACCCGGGAGAACAUGCCAGAAUAUAAAGAAAUCGGUCAUCCGCACCCCCCUACAAAAGUACAAACUGAAUGAUCUAAUGAAACAGGUGAAAUCACUCCAAAGAUGCCCGUGGUCUGUCAAUACAAAAGCCGUGGAAGCAAUACGAUCGGAGUUCCGUGCUUGUUGCAAUGCCAGCCACAAUCUCCUGGUCACAAAAGCUAACACUCACAUUGGAGAAAACAUUACAUACGAAACCCAAAGGAACAGAAACAUUGUUAUUACAGAAAAAAUCUACAAAAUGCUUCCUGAGGUCUCGCCCUUUCCUGAUAAGCUGUAUAGACGCUGCGCAGUGGUCGGAAAUGGGGGAUCUUUACUAAACAGCUGCUGCGGCUCGGAGAUCGACCAAGCGGACUUCGUGUUCAGGUUUAAUUUGCCGCCCAUGAAUUAUUCAUAUGACAUCGGGAAGAAGACAGACCUGGUCACUGCGAACCCAAGUAUCCUGCACAACAGCUACUCAAAACUGAACGCGCAAAGGAAGCCCUUCAUGGACCUUCUAAAGGUGUACGAACCUGCCUUGAUUGUGAUUCCAGCUUUCUCCUUUCCAAGCAGCACAGAUGUUUCAUUUAGGGUGUUUUAUACUUUACAAGACUUUGAGUCACAGCAGAAGUUGGCUUACUUCCACCCAGACUAUUUAAUGAAACUUGCACUUUACUGGAAGGAUAAGGGUCUUACGGCUCGUCGUUUGUCCUCUGGUCUCAUGAUUGUCAGCACAGCCUUGGAGCUUUGCGAAGAGGUCACACUCUAUGGUUUCUGGCCUUUUUCUAGAGGUGCAACAGGGAAACCGAUACCACAUCACUAUUAUGAUAACAGAAUCCCCAAACCUGGCUUCCAUGCCAUGCCUGAUGAGUUUUUAUUUUACACAAAGAUGCAUAGCAAGGAGAUCCUGAAGUUAAGAAUAGGAAGAUGCUUUUGAAAUGUAACUGUGAGAAUUUACUGGACUGACUUAUUACACCCCAAGGACUUCCAUACGGUUACCUAAUGUAGCUGCUAAGAAACAAGAAUGCCCAUUCUUCCACAAUCCAGCAAUGGGUCCCACCUCACUUCGGAUCUUCUCUAAUAACAAGUAGUUAAGGAUGUUUGAUAAAUAGAAGGUAGCGCAGAGCAAAUUACUGCAAUAUUUGGUUUUGUCAUUUAAUUAAUGUCUACUUAAGUUUAACAAGUUUAGGUAUUGAAUAUCCAUCGGAUAUUUUAGGUCUUUGCAAUAAAUUAUUUGUGCCACUAAAAUGAAAAUAGGAAGUACCGUAUAUACUCGAAUGAAGAGAUAUUUUUUUGUGUUGAAGAGACAAUCAGGAGUAUUCCUAUUUCUUGCAUUAGGAUCUCUAAGAGCUUCUCUGAACUUCUAUCAUAUUUCCUGAGAUUGCAGCCUGGGGUAGAGUCUGAAUG